AGCUACUGUCAUAUGACUCAGAGGGCGUGGCCUGGCUCCGGUCAUGUGACUACCCUUGUGUCCAUGGGCUCCCAGGGUGUCCCCGCCGCGUGUGUGUGGCUGGUCUGCGCGGUGCUGGUAGCUGACGGCAAGAACGUGCUGCUGAUAAUCGGCGAUGACGCCGGCUUUGAGAGUGACGUCUAUAACCACACCGCCAUACAGACCCCACACCUCCGAGAGCUGGCCAAGAGAAGCCUGAUCUUCAAGAAUGCAUUCACGUCUGUCAGCAGCUGUUCUCCUAGUAGGGGGGCAAUCCUGACCGGCCUGCCUCAGCAUCAGAACGGUAUAUAUGGGCUCCACCAAGAUGUGCAUCACUUCAACUCUUUUGAUGACGUCAGAAGUUUGCCGUUGCUCCUCGGCCAGGCUGGCAUCAGGACAGGCAUAAUUGGAAAGAAACACGUGGGGCCAGAAACCGUGUAUCCGUUUGACUUUGCAUACACCGAAGAGAACAGCUCCGUCCUGCAAGUCGGGCGCAACAUCACUCGGAUCAAAUUGUUGGUCAGAAAGUUUUUGCAGAGCGAAGACCAGAGGCCUUUCUUUCUUUAUGUUGCCUUCCACGACCCUCACCGCUGCGGACAUUCCCAGCCUCAGUACGGCCCAUUCUGUGAGAAAUUUGGAAAUGGUGAACCUGGUAUGGGAAGAAUUCCAGAUUGGACACCGCAGUAUUAUACACCAGAACAGGUCCAGGUUCCAUAUUUUAUUCCAGACACUCCUAGUGCAAGGGCUGAUCUGGCUGCGCAGUAUACGACAAUUGGCCGUAUGGACCAAGGUAUUGGCCUUGUUCUUGAUGAACUGCGCAGUGCCGGACAUGACAACGACACCCUCGUGAUAUUUUCCUCUGACAAUGGCAUUCCUUUCCCAAACGGACGCACCAACCUGUACUGGUCGGGUAGGGCCGAGCCCCUGCUUAUCUCAUCUCCUGGUCAACCAAGAUGCUGUGGAGAAGUCAGCCAGUCCUUUGCAAGUCUUCUUGAUAUCACUCCAACCAUCCUAGACUGGUUCUCCAUUCCAUAUCCCGACUACAAGAUAUUUGGCAAGAGCGUAACGCUUACUGGAAAGUCACUCCUUCCGGCUCUGGAAGCCGAACAGCCCUGGACCACCGUGUAUGGCAGCCAGUCUCACCAUGAAAUCACUAUGUACUAUCCCAUGAGAUCAGUCCAGCACAUGCAGUAUUUACUGAUACACAAUCUGAACUUCAAGAUGCCCUUCCCCAUCGAUCAAGACUUCUAUGUAUCUCCUACAUUUCAAGAUCUAUUGAAUAGAACCACGUCUGGCCGGCCCACCAACUGGUUUAAGACGCUUCAUAGCUAUUAUUAUAGAGAUCGCUGGGAGCUCUAUGACCGAUCGAAAGAUCCUAGUGAGGUGAAGAACAUUGCCGGGGAUCCAGGGCAUCAUGAUGUUUUUCUAACUAUGCAGGAAAUGCUGCAGAAAUGGCAGUGGGAGACAUCAGAUCCUUGGAUUUGUGCACCUGAUGGGGUUCUGGAAGAGAAAUUAGAUCCUCCCUGUAGACCACUUCAUAACGAACUGUAACGCACCAAUCAAAGGUGUUAUCCCACAAAUUGUGUCCAUUCUAAAAGUCCUGAAAGGCUGUUAAGUGUUUUUUAUAUACAUAAUUAACAUAAAGUACCUUUUUCAUCAUUCUUGCUGCUGCUGGCCAGAAUCAUUCUCCUUCUCCCUCUGGCAGCUGACAACAUAUGUCUUAUAUAAUAUAUAUGUCUUCUACGCAAUACUGCCAUGCUAGUGCAGAGGCUCUGCUCCUUCCCUGACGAGCAGGAAGCUAUUUCUGUUGGUUGCUCUGCAGUGAACAGAUGAGCACUAUGCAGAUACCUGACUUUGGGGAGAGUGACUGAGCAUGUGUGUCCACCAGCAUUCAGCUCAUUUGGUGGACGUGCACAUUGCACUACACUUUGAAUACCAGAUGGUGCCAUACUAUGUAAGUAAAUCUUACCUCUGCCCUGGA